AUGGAUACAGAAACUAAAGAUAACCGAUUGGAUCCAUACAGCGUACCAGAUUACGGUAGAUAUUGUCUGAUAACAUGGUGUUUGGUGACGGGUAUCUUCUCCCUCUUUGGUAACCUCGCUCUCCUCAUCUCAUCGCUAGUCUCUGUCCUCAAACUAGACAAAGUCUCAGUUGUCCUGAUACAGAACCUAGCUGUUACAGGCGUUGGUUUCACGGUCUUCAUCAUCCUGCCUACAGUAGGAUCUACAGUGGAACAGGAGUGGAUCUACGGGAGGGGGCUGUGUGUGGUGACUACAUACGCUCUGUAUAUCCUGGGCUUCAUGAGCACCUACCUGAUAGCCAGUCUCAACAUCAGCAAGCUGACAGUUUUGUUAUUUCCACUACGAGCCAGACUGAGAACGAAAAAGUGCGGCGCUGUCAUAUCGGCCACAUUGUGGGUUAUCGUCAUCAUCUUGAUCGUAACUAGUAAUGUGGUAGCCUCACGAGACAUCACGUUCAGCCCGCUGGUCUUCGCGUGCACCUUGGACUACAGGUUCAUCCCCCCGAACCUGCUCGAGCAAGCCACCCUCUACAGCAACCUCUUAGUACCACUUGGUGUGAUCCUAGCAACAGCGAUCUGGCUAAUGCUGCUCAUAAGAAGUGUUCGGAAACUAACCAGACAUAUCGUGUUGGUUCUUCUAGCUGUCUCCAUCGCUUACAUCCUCUCCUACCUUCCCUUCAUCAUCUUUGCAGUUUUAAGGAAACAACCGAUGACGGUGAACAACCUCAGACUCUAUACAGUAGCUGCUGUAGCAACUUUUAUAUCACCCUUCUCAAAUCCUAUCAUAUUCUACUUCAACAUCAAGAGUUUCAAGACUUAUGUUGAUAACAAAGUGUUGUGGGUGAUGGGCAAGCACAUAGAGAUAAGAGACCGGGAUGUUUCUGGUAGAUAUGCGAGUAGAAAUUCUACUCGCAUAUCUACUGUAAGCAUGAGGAGCACCAGAGACUCAGUAGUUAUUAAUCCUAUUAAUGUAGCCGCACUUCAGAAGAAUUCCACCGUCGUGGUUAAUGAUGCAAGGAUUAUCUAA